AUGGACGCCAGAUCGGUCACGGGGCCUCCGCCGCCGCCCCUCUCCGCCGGCGCCUUGGCUGAUCGCCGCGAUCCUUCGGCGUUCCCGGACGGCUGCUUCCGCCUGCCCAAGACCUCGUCGACGAGCCUGACCAAAUCCUUCACGGCGGUGCACGACUUCAGGGUGACCGACUACUCGCUGCUGGAGGGCAUGGGGUUCGGCAGGUACGUCAGCUCCAGCACCUUCUCCGUCGGCGGCAGCGACUGGGCCGUCCGAUUCUAUCCGGACGGCGCCACGGCGGGCUUGCUCGGCGACGUCUCGGCCUUCCUGUACUACUACAGCCGGGACCGGGACGCGCCCGGCGUCAGGGCGCGGUUCACCCUCAAUCUGCUCGAGAGGGACGGGAAGAUGCCCCCGGCCAGCAACCCCUACAUGAAGCACACCUUCUCUCUGGCCAGCGACAACUGGGGCUUCACCAAGUUCAUGGAGAAGUCCAGGCUGCAGCAGGGCUCGCCGUACCUCGACAGGGACUGCCUCACGAUCAGGUGCGUGCUGACGGUGGUGAUCGACUCCCGCACCGUGGACAACGAGAUGAACUCUGUCGUCGUCCCGCCGUCCAACCUGUACCAGGACUUUGGGGAGAUGCUGAGCGAUGGCGAAGGUGCAGACGUCACAUUCACUGUGGACGGCCAGUUGUUUCAUGCCCACAGAUGUGUCCUGGCUUUCCGCUCUCCGGUGUUUAGAGCGGCGCUCUUUGGUCCAAUGAAGGAGAAAGCUGAAAAUCUCAUCAAAAUCGAUGACAUGGAGCCAGCAAUCUUCGAGGCUCUGCUUCACUUCAUCUACACAGAUCGUCUGCCUGAUAGCUGCAGUGAUGGCCGGAAUGUGGCGAUGCAGCACUUGCUCGUUGCCGCGGACCGGUAUGGAGCGGAGAGGCUAAGGUUGUUGUGUGAAAGUAAGCUCAGCGAAGCCAUUGAUGUGGAAACAGUGGCGACGACGCUAGCUUUAGCAGAGCAGCACAACUGCUCGCAGCUGCGACGAGCCUGCAUUGAGUUCAUGGCCUCGCCAAACAUGCUUGGCCCAAUCAUGGAAACCGAUGGAUUCAAUCAUCUCAUUGCAAGCUGUCCAUUGGUUAUGAAGGAGAUUCUAGACAAGGUCUCCUGCAUUUGGAGUGGUAAGCAGUGCCGGUGA